GUCCGCGGGUCAAUCUUCGGCUCCCGUUGAUACUCUGCGGCACCGCCGCCAUCCUGCUCGUUCAUUAAUUCUGUUCCAGUCAUAAAAAUCCUCUAUUCCUUUAGCACAGUCGAAUAGUCGAUCCGAUUUUUCAAUAAAAUGGAACGUCAGACAGUUCCGGAACAGUACGAUUCGAGGUUUAAUUACCGGAAGGCGGAGGCUGAGUCGCCGAGACCGCCGUCUAAUGGCGGCGAUAUUGGUUUCGGCGGCAGCGACCGGAGAUUCGCAUUUUCGCGGCAAGCAUCGUUUCAGCAAUCGAGCAGUUUCUCGAAGCCUCUUCUUACGCGGAACGUUUCGAGCAUCGAUAUACCGGAUAUCUAUACUCGAGAUUCAUUCGGCAAAGGUUCGGAGGAAUCGAAGAUCUCUGACGAGAAAUUUUCGGCUUCUUCGUUUCUCUCGGCCAUUUAUCGAGGCGUCGCGUCGGGGAACAAGCCGAUGAGGAGGUUAUUCGCGCUGAUUUCACUCAAUGUAGCUUAUUCUACCGUCGAGUUAUUCAUUGGCCUUUUCUCUGGCCGAGUAGGCCUUGUUUCUGAUGCAUUUCACUUGACAUUUGGCUGUGGCCUCUUAACAUUUUCAUUGUUUGCAAUAGCUGCUUCUAGAACAAAGCCUGAUCGCACCUACACAUAUGGGUACAAGAGACUAGAAGUUUUAUCUGCUUUCACCAAUGCUACAGCUAUUUCUAUUGUUUUUAUCAUUCUCCUUGGCUGUGGAAGCACUUCAUGCAUUCAUACAAGAUGAAUCUGAACACAAG